GUGCUCAGGGAGAGAGACUAAGACGGAUAACGCGUCAUCUCGCCUUCCCAAAUUUUCCCCCCUCGCUAGACCAGGUCCAAAAUCUCCAUCCGGAGCCGGCAGGAAAGGAGAACGAUGUUUAACUCGGUCAACCUGGGCAACUUCUGCUCGCCGUCGCGCAAGGAGAGGGGCGCAGAUUUCGGCGAGCGAGGGAGCUGCGCCUCCAACCUCUAUCUGCCCAGUUGCACUUACUACAUGCCCGAGUUCUCCACGGUCUCCUCCUUCCUGCCCCAGGCCCCCUCUCGUCAGAUCUCCUAUCCCUACUCGGCCCAAGUGCCCCCGGUCCGGGAGGUCUCCUACGGCCUGGAGCCAACCGGCAAGUGGCACCAUCGGAACAGCUACUCCUCCUGCUAUGCUGCUGCCGACGAGCUUAUGCACCGGGAGUGCCUGCCUCCUUCCACCGUCACCGAGAUCCUCAUGAAAAACGAAGGCUCCUACGGCGGCCACCACCACCCCAGCGCCCCGCACGCAGCCCCCGCCGGCUUCUACUCCUCAGUCAACAAGAACAGCGUCCUGCCUCAAGCCUUCGACCGUUUCUUCGACAACGCCUACUGCGGUGGCGGCGACGCUCCCGCCGAGCCCCCCUGCUCCGGCAAGGGCGAGGCCAAGGGGGAACCCGAGGCGCCCCCGGCCUCGGGACUGGGGUCCCGGGCUGAGGCGGGUACCGAGGCAGAGGCUGAGGAGGAGAACACAAAUCCCAGCUCGUCCGGUUCAGCCCACUCCGCGGCCAAGGAGCCGGCCAAAGGAGCCGCCCCCAACGCCCCCCGCACCCGCAAGAAGCGCUGCCCUUAUUCGAAAUUCCAGAUCCGGGAACUGGAGCGAGAGUUUUUCUUCAACGUAUAUAUCAACAAAGAGAAGCGGCUGCAGCUGUCCCGGAUGCUGAACCUGACGGACCGACAAGUGAAAAUUUGGUUUCAGAACAGAAGGAUGAAAGAAAAAAAACUGAGCAGAGACCGGCUGCAGUAUUUCUCGGGAAACCCGCUGCUGUAACCUGCAGACCGGGCCCUUUUGGGGGCGGGGGGAGGGGAAAUUUAUUUUAUUUUAUUUUUAUUUUUUAUUUUCUAACUCGUCUUCUUUCCGCGGGUGGAAAACUGGACUGUGGCCAGGGGUGGCCCCCACCGCUGUGGCCGGCACUCCGUUCCCGAACCUCCUGGACCCUCGAUCUGACUCUUGCUGUGGGACGGGGACCGGGCCUGAAAAGGGGGUGAAGGGAAGUGUCUGAUGCACGGCGAGUGAACACCGUUGGCGCCGAGGCCAAGACUUUUAUUUAAAAGAAAACACACCUCGGCGACAAUGUCUUGCUGCUGCUCGGAUUGGGUGGGGGAGGGGCGACAGUAGUGAGCGCCUGAGCCGAACAAUCCACGAACUAAAAGCCUUCCCUUGCCCAAGUGAAAAGAUCCGCUAAGACAGCAUGUCUGCCACCGGAAACUUCUUGGGCUCCCCCUCUACCCCGCCCCACCUAGCCCCACUACUUUAGGGGGCAGCUAAAUGUGAUCCUGCUUUGCUGUGAAAUUUCUGUACCGUCGACCUGGUGUUAGGUGUGCAAAGUCCGUGUCCUACCUCCGUCUUCGCCAAGGCCCUGCCCGAGCCUAGUUGUUCUCCCCGUGAAUGUGUAGAACCUUCCUUUGAAAUUUCUUAAUCGGUGCAUUGAGGUUUCUAAACCUUUUUCCAAGCAGUGCCCCCACUUCAUGGAUUUAUCUAUAGUCUAUGCAGUCGUUACCUCUUUUUUUUUUUUUUUUUUUUUAAAGAUAAAAGAACAUUGGGGUGGUGGAGGCAGUAGGGAGAUGGGAUUGGGUGCCUCCCGCUUGCUGGGGCCUGGAUUUUUGUAAAUAAAUUUCUUUCCACCUGGAGGGGAAGGGGGGAACGCCCCCAGUGAGAUUCAAAUCACCCAUCUCUCCUCCUAUGCGUGAGUGCGUGUGUACAUGGGCACUCCCUACCCUGCUCCCUUCCCAGAGGGAUUGCUGUGAAAAUUUUUUUGGUGGCAAAUAAAGAUAAAUUUCAUUCUGUUCAA